CUUGCAUCCGGGUUUCCCAGCUCUUCAAGCUUCAGGGUGCGACGCUCCGACUUUGCGUCUUGGAAAGCAUGUCUUCUACAGACGCAGGAUCUUCAAAAAGGACCGCAGAAGAGGAUGUCAUGAGAGCCUCCGUAUUCCAGCGGCUUCAUCCGCGCGCAUACCUCGAGCGCUUUCUCGCAGAGGGCAUUCGACCUGACGGACGCGAUCCGGGCGCGUUUCGCGAUGUGACCAUUAAUGUGGGCUCGAUUUCGACGGCGGAUGGCUCGGCACUCGUCCGCCUCGGCGACACUACCAUCGUUUGCGGUGUCAAAGCCGAGAUCGCUGAGCCGGAUCUAAACUCGCCUUCAGCCGGUUUCCUCGUUCCUAAUAUAGACUUGCCUGCCAUUUGCUCGCCCAAAUUCAAGCCUGGCCCACCGAGCGAGGAGGCACAAGUUCUUUCAGAAAAGUUUAACGAUAUACUGACCCUCUCUGGCUUGUUACCGCUAGAGUCGCUAUGCAUACAUCCAGGGAAAUCUUGUUGGGUGCUCUACGUGGACGCCACAUGUAUAAACUACGAUGGAAAUGCUUUCGAUGCGGCGCUUAUAGCGAUGGUCUCCGCCUUAAAAGACACUUCUUUACCGAAGGCAUCGUAUGACGAAGAUUCCGGUCGGACGACUUGCUCUCGUUCAGAAGCGAUGCCGCUUCCUCUCAGGCAGCCGCCCGUCCCAGUUUCCUUCGGCCUUUUCAACUCGAACCAUCUUCUGGCCGAUCCCACAUCUUUCGAAGAACCAUUACUGGAUACCACCAUCACUGUCAUACACAAUGACAUCGGAGAACUGGUUAACGUCACACAGCUUGGCUUAGCUAGCGACAGUAUACUCAGCAGCUGUAUCGAUGCUGCUAAAGCGCGGAGUAAAGCUUUGUGCGAUCAAAUAUACGCAUGACCAAGGAUGAGAUCGACCGCAGGGUAUAUUACACCAGUGGUAGGAAUGAGAGGUAGGCCAUACUACUCUAAGAUAGAGCAUUGCGUAUACUACAAUAGACUCUAAGCGCGAAUACGAUAUGC